AUGCGCGCAGCACGAUACUACGGGAAAGAAGAUAUCCGGAUUGAAGAUGUGGAGGAGCAAAAGUGUGGUGCGGGACAAGUCAGGGUCGCCCCGGCCUUCGUAGGUAUCUGCGGUACCGAUCUCCAUGAAUACCUCGGCGGACCUAACUUCGCACCGACGACACCGCACCCGUGUACGAAUGAAACCAUUCCCAUCACCUUGGGACAUGAGUUCUCGGGGACUGUUACGGAAGUGGGAUCGGAUGAUUCGGGCUUUACCGUGGGCCAAAACGUUGUUGUCCAGCCGACGAUAUAUUGCGGGAAGUGCAAUGCAUGCACAGCUGGCUCCGAGAAUGUAUGCGAGAACGGCGGCUUCAUCGGGCUUUCGGGAGGAGGUGGUGGCUUGAGCGACUCCGUUGUUGUGCCUGAGGGUGCGGUACUAAACUUGCCCAGUAACGUACCGCUUGAUGUCGGCGCGCUGGUAGAACCUCUUGGUGUCGCAUGGCAUGCUGUCUCCGCUGCUCCACUGACACCAGAUUCCGUCGUCAUGAUUCUAGGUGGUGGACCAAUUGGGCUCGCAAUUGUCCAAUGUUUGGUGGCACUAGGCACAAAGAAGAUUAUCAUGAGCGAGGUAUCCGGCGCACGGCAGCGCUUCGCGAGAGAAUUUGGUGCUCAUCACGUUCUUUGCCCUAAGACGUACGAUGUUGUCAAGAUGAGCAAGGCGCUUAGUGGUAGGGAUGGGCCGGAUGUGGUUUUCGAUUGCGCUGGGGUACCAGCAAGUCUCACGACCGCCUGCACAGCAGUAAGGGCUCGGGGCACGGUCGUCAAUGUCGCGAUCUGGGAGAAAGAGGUGCCUUUCAACCCCAACAUGCUUGUGUUCCGAGAGGCGCAGUACACAGCCGUCUUGGGCUAUCAAAGAAAGGACCUCGAGGCGGUUAUCGAACAUCUCGCUGCUGGUACCUUGAAGCCUAUGAAUAUGAUUACGCGCAAGAUUAGUCUAGAGGAUCUAGUAGAAGACGGGAUUAAAACCUUGAUCAACGACAAGGAGAACCAUGUCAAGAUUCUGGCUCGACGGGUCGCCGCCAAGCGUCGUAUACGGUACGGUGCGGCUGAUGCUCAUCUGCCGUGGCCAGCCUUGGGCGCAGCAUCGGGACGUCUCUUGUCUACAGGAGAAGCACUCUGCUCACGUUCGAGGGCUCACCGAAUUCACCUUGUAGCCACCAUGGUGCAAUACAACCCAAUGCCUUCGCCAGGGCCCUAUGUCCCUCCGGGUCAAGGCACUCCAGCACAGCAGCAAGGCGCCCAGCAGCCACCAAGCUAUCAGCCCAAUGCAACGACUUACGGAGGACCAAAUCAAUCUCAGAAAGGAGUUGCCGGAUUCGGCCAGAUGAUGAAUCAGCGGCUAGAGCAGGCGGUCACAACGGGCAAGCCAAUGCUGAACAAGCUGGGCAAGACUAUAAGCUCAAAGCUAGGAAACAAGCCUCCAGGAGGCCCACCCCAGCAUCUCCAGAGCUACCAUAACUACCAGAGCCAUUACGGACAGCAGAACCAGACCCAAUCGUACCAGCAACCUCAGGGUCAAGCCUUCAGUCCCCAGUCGCAAUCGCAGCAAUGGGGCCAACAGCAGCAUCAACCCCCAUCUCAAACACCGACCGCUUACCCCUCCUCGCAGCAGUCUCCACACCAGCAGUUCAACAACCAGACGCCCGUGUCAGGUCACUCGGCACAGAACAAUUAUUUCCCACAACAGACGAGUCAAGCGCCCAACUACCAAUCUUACGCGCCGCAAUCGCCGCUCGCUGGCACUACACAAACAGCCUGGCAAUAUGGUAAGGAGCAGACGCAGGCACAAGGACAAAACGGACAGGGGCAGGCUCCGCCAGGUCAGCCUCAGGUACAUGGGCACAGCCAAUAUGCUGGACAGCAGAUGGGCGUAGCUGGAGGCUCGUAUGUCACUCAACAUACACCACCUCCUCAUACUUCGAGCAUGUCUCCGGCGUUACCUGCUCAGCACAUGCAGCCACAGUGGCAACAGCCAGGUAGCUCACAGCUGCCCCCGGCAAGUACCGAGCAGCAAUCGGGCAUUCUCCCGCCUCCCUCACAACAAAACGUUUCCGCGAGUCCACCGGUUCAUACAACGUAUCAGCACCAAUGGAACAGCCCGUCUCCAGUUGGCUCACAAGGACAGGGACAAUCGCAGACACUGCCUCAUUCUAUCAGUCCUCCACCUACGCAUCAGACAAUUGCAUCACCUCAAGUGCCGCCAAACAAGCCUGUCCAGUCAAGCGAUGCAGCACCGCACUCGACGCCAACAGAGUUUAUCGCAGAGCUUCCUGCGGAGCUCCCGGCAGAUGUUGGAAGCUUGAGUCUUGUAGAGUCGAAGCCGCAAGAGGCUGUUUCUGGUUCGCAAUACCAAGCCUUCCGUCCACCCGUGUCGCAGAAUGGAUCGCCCUCUCCUGGGUUUACAAUUCCUCGUCGAUCUCUUAGUGCCAGUACAGUACCAGUUGCCGACCCAUGGAGGUUUGUGGAUCCGGCAACAGAAGUUCCAACACGCGAAUUCUAUAUCCUGGCAGACUUGCUUUUCGAUGCUUUGGAUCGGAAGUUUGAGCCUAGAAACACGGGCCUCUUGGAAGCACCAAAGAUCAUCGGAAGCUGGGUAAAAUUAACAGAAGACGCGUGUCGUCUUUUUUCAUAUAGGUCCUACAGCGCGUUUGCAAAGUUGUGGAGUCUUGAAGGGAUCCCACACAUGAUGGUGCCCUGCCAACCCGACUUGGCACCAAACUGGAACUUCAACCAGCACUCGCAUGCGCAAGACGUAAAAGUAACAGGUCAAGUGCCGACAGCCACGACGGGCUACACGACGUACAUGCCAGCUUUGAAUCGGGCGGGAUGGUACAAGUUCUUCUUCCUUGAGGUGACGCAUGCACCAGAAGACAUCGAUGAUCUAAUACCAGCACUAUGCGCAGAUACUUACAAGCCGGGGAUGCUGAACCAACCCGACCUGGACAAGCGGGACAAGACAGACGUCCCUGCGCUACGGGCUAGAGCUGCGGAGAUACAGACGUAUGCGAUUGGGCGUGUUUGUGAGGAGACCAAGGUCGCGAUGGCGGUCGACCCCGAUGUCCCUCUGGCGCACACGCACCCGACUGCGACAGCUUGGGGAGGCGCGCAAACGUCAGCAGAAGACAUGGCCGACAUGGCUGUCCGUAUGCACAAGAUCCAGUCGGAGCGGCAGCAGAACGACAUGGCGGCUUGGACGAUGCUGGGGAUGCAGCCGAAGGGCUAUCCGGGCGGUGGUUAUGGUAGUCUAGUGUAG